AUGUUCUCUGCCAGAGCUCAUAGUGUUUUCUCUAAACUGGUAUUUGUUAGAGGCAGCUCACCUGGAUCAGAACGUGCCAGAAGUGGUUAUUGUUCUGCUACAAACCUUCACGAGAACAAGAUGAGUCAGCAGAUGAACAGAAGAGCAAAGCCCAGCGGCCUCCAAGGCCUGCGUGAAGAAACCCUCCACAAUGAAGAUGACAUGCUGUAUGAGAUUAGCCAUAUCGUUGGAGAUGAUGAUUUUUCAGACUGCUACAUAGAAUGUGUAGUAAGAGGUGAGAUGUCUGAAUCUGUCCCACAAGAGGAGUUCCUUGACUCCUUUGCAAUCCUGAAGGAAGAAACAGAAAAAAAUCUUUCUGAACAGAUUCUUGAGGCGACUAGCUCCCUGCUUGGGCGUUCUUUGACACACAUGCCCAAAGGAGCCCAACAAGAGCCUCCUCACCAUAGCUCUGAAAAGAAUUCACCUUCUGGAGGUUCUGAGCACACAGCGUGCAAGAAGCUCCCUUCUGGAGGGCCCCCCACUGUCCACAUGGAUCCUAAGCCAGUCACAGAAGACACUGGAGAGGAGCCAGAAGAUGGUAAUGGGUGUGGUGCGCUAACAUUCUUAAUUUGUCCUGAGAGGGGCUGCAUGAAAAUGGUAAGAAAUAAGUCAGCUCUGAAGAGGCAUGCCCUGGUUCACAGCCCUCGGAAGUUCUUGUGUGCCGAAUGCGGGCGUGCUUUCGCAGAGAACUCAAAGCUCAAGAGACAUGCCGUAGUGCACAGCGGGGAGAGGCCAUUCCAGUGCACCUUUGAAGGCUGUGGGAAGCGCUUCUCCCUGGACUUCAACUUGCGCACCCACGUCCGCAUCCACACCGGGGAGAAGCCUUUCAAGUGUCCCUUCGAUGGCUGUCAGAGGAAGUUUACUCAGGCUAGUAACAUGAGGGCCCACCUCUUAACUCAUAUGAAGAAGACAAAGAACCCAUAA